AUGGCGAGAGAUGAAAAGAGAGAGGAUCAAAUACAAGCGGUUAGCUUCGCGGCUGGAAUGGCUGCUUGCAUGGCGUGUGUCCAACGAGCGAUUAUAGUGUCGGUUUUCGUGCAUUGGCGUAUAUGGGCUUUUCUUGCUCUCAACCUAUUGCUUUUAGCCAUUCUUUUCACGUCAAAGUUUCAAAACGUUAGAGCCGACCAAGAAAGUGGCCGGAAUUUGGAUUUCGAGAAGGAAAAGAAUGCGAAGCAGGAAAAUGAAGCGCCGGAACUUGAGGAGAGUUCGGUUGAUGGCGGCGAUUGUGAUGAAAAGGAGGUGGAGUUGCCGGAGGAGGACAAAACGGUAAAUGAAGAGGAAGAAGAUGAAGAUGAGCUCUCGAAAGAGGAAUUGAACAAGAGAGUUGAGGCUUUCAUUGCUAUGUUUAGGCAGCAUUUGGUGUGUGAUGCAAAGGGCAAGAGUUUUGAGCAGCAAAUAUAUUAA